AUGGACAUGGACGAAGAUGACGAUCUCUACCAGCCAGAAGAGCCAAAGAUUGAACAAGAUGAGGAGAAAAAGCUCAAGGCAGAAGAGCUAGAGGAAGGCGAAGAGGAAGAUGAGAGCGGCGCCAUGGACGAAGAUGAUGAUGACGAUUCGGAUAUAGACAUCAUCACAGAGCGAAAAGAUGGCACAAAGGCAGCGCCGCCGCCACAAGCAAAAUAUAGCGACAUUAGAAAUAUUCCCCAACGAUCAGCCUCCAACGACAUCUCCGCAAAGUCAACGGCGCCGGUCAAGAGAGAUGAAGACUCGAAAGCGACGAACGCUCUGAGCAUUGCCGCCCCAAGCGCAGAUCAAACCUCAGCUGCCGCCUCGAAGUCCACAAUUGAUAUCAAUGCUAUUCCAAUUCACCCUGCGACUGGCAAGCCUAUAACACAAAUAAACAUUGAUGAGGAUCUGCCAGAUAGCGAUAAACCGUGGCGCAAGCCAGGCACAGACAUUAGCGAUUACUUCAACUACGGCUUCGACGAAUUCACAUGGGCGCUAUAUGCUGCCAAGCAAGAAUCUAUCCGUGGCGAAUUUGGCGCCGAUGCCUUUGCUGUCAACAACAAGAAGAUGAUGGAGGACUUCAACAUGAUGAUGAUGGGAGGUAUGGGCAUGCAAGGUGGAGGAGGUGCUGGGGCUGGCGGGGCUGGCGGCGGAGGUGCCGCUGCUGGCAUGCCUGGUAUGGAUGGAAUCCCGCCCGAAAUGCAAGCCAUGAUGCAGCAGAUGAUGGCCUCUGGCAUGGAUCCUUCCCAGAUGGACCCAAGCCAGAUGGCAGCCAUGUUCUCUGGGAUGCAAAAUGCCGGCGGCAACGCGGGUGCCCAGGGAAGCCAGGGUCAAAACUUUGGUGGAGGCUUUGGUGGAAACCAAGGCUUCGGCUAUGAUCAAGGCAUGGCUGGAGGUGGCGGUGGAAGAGGCGGAUUUGGGGGCCGUGGACGCCGUGGCCGAUGGUAG